CUAUGACAAAGUUUCACAUUGCAAUGUCAUACUGACUUUGUUAAGAAGAAAUGUGUUAAUGGUGCAUGUUUUCCUCUUAUUUUGCCACACAGAAAGUUGAAACUUUAAAUAUUAUGACUGAAUUCUUUUGGCAUUUGAAAAUUGGAUCAAGGCAUUUUAUUUAAUUCAAAUAUAAUUAGCCUAAAUAAAACGUCUUAAGUUGGAGGUUCAAUUUGGGCCCUUUGAUAGUUAGAUCUUGCCUUUCAUCAAGGCAGAGGUUGGAAAUCUUGGGUGUAAAAAGGUUGGUGACCGCUGAUCUACAUGUAUACCCUAAGGAUCGAACCCACAACCUUUAAUUUGGCAUAGCAUACGCUGUCAACUGAGCUUUUUGUAUGCCGGUAUUCAAAUGAAAAAUAUAAAAGGCAUAUAAAAAAUAAAGGCACUCGAUUCAUACAUCAAUUUAACAAAAGCAACUUUAUUUUUGUUUAACUUUAAUCUGCUGUUUUUUUAUUUGCUGUGGAAGUUUGGGCAAUUUAAAAGAUUAUUUUAAGUUCACUCUUCUGGACUACUGAUCUCAAACACUGUUAUCAGUUUGUAUUUUACAAUUUAAACAAGAGUCAGACUGUGAGAGAAAGUGUGCAUCUCAUCCAGACAGAUUUGAGUAUAAACAGCAGGUGUUGGUCCAAAUACUUUUUAUUAGUUUGUUAUCAAAAUGUUCAAGAUGAAGUAUACACAACCUUUAUUUAAAUUCAUUAUUGGUCUGUUUAAGUGUUUAUAAACCUGUUUAUAUCUUUCUUAGUACAAAACAACAACAUGAACAAACUUCUAGCUGUCAUAAGUUUAACAGCAUUUCUCUGUUAUGGUGUGCAGAGUUUUGACUUAUCAGAGAAACAGUUAGAACGACAAAUCAUCAACUCUGGGAUUGCCGUGUUUAUAGACAUACUGGAAAAAUUCAAAAAUGUUACAGAGAAAAUAGUAAGAGAAAAUCAGUUUAAAAAAUCCAGGAUUGCGGUCCAAGAACACUGGAAAGACUUAAGACAGACUGUAAAACAAAUCAAUGAUAUUGACCGAGAGAAAGAGAGUCUACAACACUUAAAGCUUUCGUUGUCUGCGGGUAGAACAUCCGUAACAAUGACCAGAGAGAUCACUGAGAAACUUAUUCGCCCAUACAUAAACAUUUAUGAUGAAACGUUUAAAACCGAGACCAUGGCUGGGAUCUGGAGAGAAGUGGAGUCAGAGUAUCUUCAAGGAGCCCCACCAAUAAACGAUAAACCCUUGAAUCUCUUGAGUUACCUUCUUGCCAAGACGAUUGUGAAAUCUGGGAUUGUCGAUGCCCUCAAAGGUGGAGUGAAUAUUGUUUUAGAAGUUGAAAAAAUCGAUCUAAACCAACUUCAUGAGGAAGCGCAGCUGCUUAUGAAUCAGGUUGGAGAGAAGGCUGCUGAGAUAUCAACAUUAGAAAGGCAAAAAGAGAAAAAUGAUUUUCUUGUAUCAUUAAGAACUGCAUCCGGAUUGAUUGUCUUUUACUGGGAUCAGAUUUUGGAACACACAGAAAGUUUGUCAUUCCAUAAGAAAUACAUAGACUCUAGGAAGCGAUGGGUGGAGCUAACGCAAUUAAAAAAUUCAAAUGAAAAGUAUCAUGUGCUUAUAGACCCACAAACAAAGCAUGACAUUUUGGAAUGGACUAACAAUACAUUUGGUAAAUCCUUUGAAGCCGUGGCCCUGAAAUAUUAUAAACAUGGAAAUGAACUGUUUGGUUACGACAGAUUCAAUCAAUCUAACUGGGUCUUUGACAAGAUCGCUACUGUUUAUGGUCUCCCCGUUUAUGAAAAACUGACUGAAAGUGGUUUUGGGAUUUCAGAGCUCAACAGACUUCUUCACAGAAUAAACCAUGCAAUUGUUAUUAUAGAAGGCCAUGAUCGUUCGUUUUAUGCAAACCAGACCAGUUUAGAACAACUAAUUCGUCAUAUUCCGUUUUAUAUUAGUUUUUAUCUUGAAGAUUUGGAAAGAAAAGGCACAGACGAUGACAUAUUACUACCUGUGAAAGUGAUCAAGGCAAUGGUAUUUCAUAUCUGGGAAAAUGUUCUAUUUCUUUUAAAUUUGGCAUUAUCUGGGAAACAUGAGCCUCAGCAAUCAGAUAGAGAAUGGAAUCAUAUGAGGAAAAUCUUUAUCAAUGAGUUGAUAAAAAGUGGAGAAUUUACUGAAGAGGAACUUGAAGAAGCACCGAUGAACUUUCUCAAUGCCACUCGUGGGAUACUAGAAAUUCUGAACUUUGGUGAUUUGGCUGAAGGGUUCAGUGAAAGGAUCGAAGCAUCAGCUUUAGCCUUUAAAGAAAUGAUUCAUUAUAUAAAUAUGGAACUUCACAAAACCUACCCUGAAGAAAAUCCAACUUCAGAAUGUCCUUUCAACAAAGAUAAUUAAGUAACAUGAACAAAGAUUUUUUUGUUGAAGUGGCUCAAUUCUUUAUUUUGUGUUCACUGAAUGAAAAAAGCAUAAUAAUUUAUCUAACAAAUUUAUCUAAGUCCAGUCAACAAAAUAAUAUAAGUUGUUGUCUAAUUCGUUCACCCAACUUUGCUAAACUGAGUAAUCUGAACAAGCAAUAAAAAAACAAUGGUCUGAAUGGUUCCCAGCAUGCAUUGCAAAAUAUUCACUUCUUUGGUUAAUUUGUAAUAAAAAGAUGACUGUU